CCCCCCCAGCCCCCCACCUCCGCUGGACUGCUGCCACUGGUCCACUGGGGUGACCAGUGGUUCGCGCUGCUGUACAACGCCAGCGGGGGCAGCAAGGCUUCUUCUUUGACGGACUUCGGGGGCCGCCGGGAGUUCCGGGGCCCCCGCGGGCUGCUGCCGCGGGGGGGGCCCCCCGGGCCCGGGGGGCCCCCCAGGACCCAGGAAAGCCCCAGCGCAUGCACAGCCAGGGAGUUCUAUGAAGAGUCUGGACAGCUGUGGGGCCUGGGGCCCCUCACCAGCCCCCCGCUGCUGCCAGUGCCCACAGACGCAGCAGCAGCAGCAGCAGCAGCAGCAGCGCAGGCCCCCAGAAAAAGCAAAAAAGAGAAACGCAAGGACCAGCAGCAGCAGCAGCAGCAGCAGCAGCAGCAGCAGCAGCAGCAGCAGCAGGAUUUGGCGUCGGUUAUGUCUCGUCUUUCUUUGGGAAGUGAAGAAACCCCUUCGAACUGCUCACAAGGCAAAUACCUUCUAGAGCUAGUCCUCGACGAGUGCACAGAAGUGAGCAGCAGCAGCAGCAGCAGCAGCAGCAGCAGCAGCAGCAGCAGCAAAGGUAGCAGCAGCAGUCACAGCUGUACAGACACCCCAACCCAGCAGCAGCAGCAGCAGCAGCAGCAGCAGCAGCAGCACCUGCAGCAGCACAACCAGCGGCAGAGGCAGCAGCACAGCCAGCAGCAGCCGGAGAACCAGCAGCAGCAGCAGCAGGAGAACCAGCAGCAGCUGCAGCAGGAGAACCAGCAGCAGCAGCAGCAGCAGAACCUGCAGCAGCAGCAGCAGAGCCAGCAGCAGCAGCAGCAGCAGGCUGCUGCUGGCGGGAACACCCCGUCGAAUGUGCUGCAGCAGCAGCAGCAGCAGCAGCAGCAGCGCCGCCAGCAGCAGCAGCGGCACCUGCUGCUGCUGCAGCGCCUGCAGCAGCAGCAGAAGCAGCACGGGCAACAGCUGCAGCAGCACCACCGGCAACAGCAGCAGCACCUGCAGCAGCAGCAGCAACUGCAGCAGCAGCAGCAGCAGCAGCAAGAGCAGCAGCAGCAAAGCGCAAUUGACUUGGUGGUCUUGACUGCCGCUUGUGUCAGCCCCUACGGAGUUGUAGUUGAAGAGGACGAAGAGACCGCCGCUGCGCUGCAGCAGUUGAUGGAGACUGUCUCCUCGGAAAAUCCGCCGCCCGUCGCCGUGGUGGCCCACGACCUGCAGGUCAUCCACGACCUCAAAGCAGCAGGACCCAAACAGCAGCAGCAGCAGCAGCUGCUGCUGCAGCAACGGCAGCUGCAGCAGCUGCAGCAACGGCAGCUGCAGCAGCUGCAGCAACGGCAGCUGCAGCAGCUGCAGCAACAGCAGCCGCAGCAGCUGCAGCAACAGCAGCCGCAGCAGCUGCAGCAGCUGCUGCAGCAACAGCAGCUGCAGCAACAGCAGCCGCAGCAGCUGCAGCAACAGCAGCCGCAGCAGCUGCAGCAGCUGCUGCAGCAACAGCAGCUGCAGCAACAGCAGCAGCAUGAGCAGCAGCAGCAGACAAUCGGUGCUGAUCUGCUGCAGCAGCUAACUGCGUUGUCGCAGCUGCUGCAGCAAGAGCUCAAAAGCAGCAGCAGCAUAAUUGCUGCUGCAGCAAGUUACCCCAGUGCUCAUCUGCAGCUGAUCUGCACUCCAACCAAAACUUUGAUUUGCGAAAUAAUAAACAAAUAA